AUGACGGUCACCUACAGUAAUCGUGUGGCAGACGCUAAGCUUGGCACUUUCUCUCGGUUGCUCCUUCGCUGGAGAGGCAGUAUCUACAAAUUAUUAUACAGAGAGUUCUUCAUCUUCAUCAGCUUCUACUCCAUUAUCAGUGCCACCUACAGGCUCCUUCUCAAUGAGCAGCAGAGGAGUCACUUUGAGAAGCUGGCACUUUACUGUAACAACUAUGCAGAGCUGAUUCCAGUGUCGUUUGUCCUAGGUUUCUAUGUUACGCUGGUGGUUUCCCGAUGGUGGGCCCAGUAUGAGAGCGUGCCAUGGUUAGACCGUAUCAUGUGCUUGGUGUCCAGUAAUGUAAAUGGAACAGAUGAGCGAGGGAGGAUGUUACGGCGGACACUUAUGCGUUAUGCCAGUCUCUCUGGUGUUUUAAUACUGCGUUCAAUUAGUACUGCUGCUUACAAAAGAUUCCCUACCCUGCAGCAUGUCGUCAAUGCUGGUUUCAUGACACCAAUGGAACGUGUGAAAUUUGAGGCCAUUUCUUCUCCUCAUAAUAAAUUCUGGAUUCCGUGUGUCUGGUUUGCCAACCUGGCGGUGACAGCGCGGACAGAAGGACGAAUCCGUGAUGGUUUUGUGUUGCACCUCAUCCUGAAUGAACUGAAUGCUCUGCGCACGCAGUGUGGAAGGUUGUUUGCCUAUGACUGGAUCAGUAUUCCAUUGGUGUAUACUCAGGUUGUUACAGUGGCUGUAUACAGCUUUUUCCUGGCUUGCCUAAUUGGCCGUCAGUUCCUAGACCCUAAAAUGGGCUACCCUGGCCAUGAACUAGAUCUGUAUGUCCCUGUAUUUACCCUGCUGCAAUUCUUUUUCUAUGCUGGUUGGUUAAAGGUGGCAGAACAGCUGAUCAACCCAUUUGGACAAGAUGAUGAUGACUUUGAAACAAACUGGUUAAUUGACAGAAACUUUCAGGUCUCUAUGAUUGCAGUGGAUGAAAUGCACCAGAAUCUGCCCCCACUGGAAAAAGAUAUAUACUGGAACGAUACUGACCCACAGCCUCCAUACACAGCCUCCACCGUGGAGACCCGCAGACCAUCAUUCCUUGGCUCUGCUUUUGAUAUCAGUUUGCAAAAAGAGGAUUUGGAAUUUCCACCACUUGAGCAAAUUAAUGAACAUGAAGAAGCCAAUCAUUCGACACCACUGCUUGGGCCCCUGGGGCGUCUUUUGGGUGUUCAUUCCCCAAGCCCACCUCGCUCUAACUCACGACUGAGCCUGCUGAUGAGACGCAGGAGUGGAAUUCCUCCUGUGCUGCAUAAUUUUAAUCAUAGAGAUACUGGAAACCCCAGGGGCGGGGAAGCCCUACGUGACCUUAAUGUUUUCAUGAGCACACGUUUUUAUGAGAGGCCUGGAUUUUACAGUGCCCCUCAAACGCCACUAAAUGGAGGUCCUACGUUCUGUCCUUCUCGCUUUUCUGUGCAUGGGACAACCAAUGUAUGCCCACCACAACGUAACAAAAAGAUGGGGACGUGUAGUGAAAAUACAGAAGAGACAUCCAGUCUUUCUCCUGGGUCCAAGGAGUGCUUUGUGUGGCCCCAGGGGAGUAUGGAAGACCAGGAGGAAGCCAACAUGGGCAGCAGUGAAAGUGUUCCUGUUAUGAAAACCACUGAACAGCCUGUACAGAGCCCAAUACAGGUCCCCAGAAGAUUAGCAAGAGCCCAAGGUGUCUCUGCAUUACUUCUAGGAAACCAAGCAUUAGCUUCACCUGAUAUUCGGCACACUCCAGGUUACAAGACAUCUCAUUCCAUUUUUUCAUUUUCCCCAGUAAACUCCCCAAAUUUGCAAAGGGCUUCCAGAAGCUCUCAUGGGUUGACAGAUGCAAUCUCUGAUGGAAGUAGCAAAGAGCAGCAUGGAACACAGUGUUCCUCCCCCAAAGACUCAGGCAUCAGUCUAGCUGAGGGAGACUUUACACAGCUUAUGGAGGUUAUAAUGGAGGCUGGUGAGCCAUCAGAGGAAGAAGGGAAAAGUGGACAGUAGAUCCAAUUAAAGAAAAGGAGACGGUACACGGAUAUCAAUAUAAGGAUACACAGUAGUACAAUGAACUUACAUCUUAUAGAUGUUUAUUAGGAUGCAUCUGGAAAUCCUGAUCAGAAAUGCUUGGCACCCCUGUUCUAUUAAAAAGAUGGU